CAGUGGAGUGACGCUACCAAUUUAUCGAUACGUUCCACAUCAGAGAAGGAGCUUUCGUUCAUGUUUCUCUCUGUUUAAUUUGAAGUAUUAGAGAUGCCUGACAGAUAAAUAUUAUUUAAGUCGUUUUCUGUCCGCUACAGGCGCUGUAUCGCGAGUUUUCCCCUCAUCAUUCUUCGCAGGGCAAAAGCUAAAAGCUAGCUAGCGGUGUGUUAUUUAGCACAUCAUUUAAUAAUUUAACAAAUCAACGCCUGAUCCGCACUUUGCCCUUUGUUAACUUAGUUAUUAAAACAAGGCAGUCAUGGCCACAAGGCGUCUAACCGAUGCCUUCUUGUUAAUGCGGAACAAUGCGAUCCAAAACCGGCAGAUAUUGGCUGAGCAAGUGAGUACAAACGACCCCCGUCUGAGUACACGUAGCAAUGCUGCGGAGCUUGAUGAGUUGGCUGAUGAUCGGAUGGCGCUGGUGUCAGGAAUUAGUCUGGAUCCUGAGGCUGCCAUCGGUGUCACCAAGAAACUGCCUCCCAAAUGGAUAGAGGGAGUCGAUGAAAUCCAGUAUGAAAUCACACGGGUUCGGCAGAAGAUGAAGGAACUGGCUUCACUUCAUGACAAGCAUAUGAAUCGUCCCACACUGGAUGACAGUAGCGAAGAAGAGCAUGCUAUAGAAAUCACGACUCAGGAGAUCACACAGAUGUUUCAUCGAUGCCAGCGAGCUGUAACAGGUAUGCAGUCUCGCUGUGGCCACUGCACUGAGCAGGAGGAGAGACUGCUGAGAAACGUGGUGUCAUCUCUGGCACAGAGUCUGCAAGAACUGUCUACCAAUUUCAGGCACACACAGUCCAGCUACCUGAAACGUAUGAAGAAUCGUGAGGAGAGAUCAAAGCACUUUUUUGACUCAGGACCUCUAAUGGAAGAAGAUGAAGAGUUAGCUGUAUAUGACAAGGGGUUCACAGAUGACCAGCUGAUGCUAGUGGAGCAGAACACAGUAAUGGUUGAAGAACGAGAGAGAGAGAUAAGACAGAUUGUGCAGUCCAUCUCAGAUCUCAAUGAGAUUUUCCGGGACUUGGCUACGAUGGUGGUGGAGCAGGGCACCGUUCUCGACAGAAUCGACUUCAAUGUGGAGCAAGCUUGUGUUAAAACAGAUGAUGGAUUGAAACAGUUACAAAAGGCAGAACAGUACCAGAAGAAAAACAGAAAGAUGCUGGUCAUUUUGAUCCUCUUCAUCAUAGUCAUUGUUCUAAUUAUUAUCCUUUUUGGAACAAAGUUUUAAUUAAGCAUUCCUCUGGCUUUUGUUUUCUGUGUGGGUGUUUGUUGUGCGUAUGUGUGGACUUGUUUCCACUCAAAAACCAAGCUGACUGCCUUUCAUACCCACCAGGAAACGUCUGAAGAAUUCCACGUCUCUAUGCCAGGUGCACUUUGGGCAACGUGGAGAUGUCUUGUGGUUGAUUUUGUUCAAAGAAACAAUCAAAAAUAUGUUUGAGCCAUGGCUAUUUUAUCAAGUGACCUGCACAAAAAUGGCCAAGACUCUUUGGCAUAGGUUUGCUGAACCCGACCAUGUUGAUAUAUCUGCGUCUUAUCAAAAGAAAGCACUUCGUUGUGUUUAAAAAUGGACAACCAAUGUUAAAUUGCUAAAGCAGAGCGUUCUCUGCUUGAAUUCAAAGCACGAAUUGUAAUAUUUGUUGUGUGAAAAUGCAUCCUUUCUGUCCAGUAUCAUUACAAACAUUUUGUUCCUGUAAGGGGAAAGUGUGACAAGAAGAAAUGUUUGUCAAAGAGAAUCAUGCAGCAGAUUUUACUGCAAAUUAAUUUUCAUCUCAUUAUUACACUGACGUCCUAGCUCAGUAUUUUACCAUGCAAGACGAAAAGAAAAUGUUUUGUAUUGGAACAGCAACAGAUAUGAGUAGAAUAGUUAUUCAGUACCAAAAAUAUUCCUUUGGUUGAAGGACCACCUGCUUUUUUUUUUUUUUUUUUAGCCCUUUACUCCCCAAUUUAAUAAUUACAUUGAGGUCCUUGUAACUCCACGGUUGGCCUGAGGAGGGCAGCAACAAGCACCCUCCAAAUCAUCCUAUAAUUUUAAAAUCACCCAUUUCACUCCUGCUGCACUUUUCAAAAGGUGCUCAUUUUAAAACACUUGAUUGUUUGUGUUUUUCAUGGUCCUUGCAUUAAGUGCUACCUUUUUUCUUUUCUUUUUUUUUAACUCUUGCAGUUUGCACAUAUUGAGGCCUGAGUGGGAGGGGAGGGAGGGGGGUGUCAUGGAUGUAAUACUACUGUCAUCUGUAUAAUGAAAAGAAUUAUUUAUUUUUUAAUAACUACAUAUAAUCAAGAGGUUCAGAGAUGUUCUAUCUCUGGCAGAAUUACUGUCUAUUGAGUGUAUCUGUAGUCUAAACCCAACAGUCAUUGUCCGCUCUACUGAGGAAACUGUGAUGUAAUCCAACACAACCAGCCAUAUGAAGACAACAUAUGAGUUUGUUUUUUCCCCCAUCUUCUUCUUUUCAGAUACACAUUUUAGUUGGCUGUGUUGGAAAUUCUUUACAUGUUCUAGUAUUUUAUAAAGACGGAUAAGCUGAAACGAAGAAGAGCUUUAUUUGACAUCUCUACUCUACACUUUCUACUCCUGUUAAAUCAUAUUUGUCAUUGAUGUGAAGUUGUGUGUGAAAAAUGGUUAUGAUGAUUAUGUCCUAGUGGUACUCUACUUAAGUUUUGUUAUCCAAACAAAAC